CUCGAUUCAACCCUUGAUCAAUCAGCGAAUGCGGCAACUCGAUACGGAAUGUACGUGUGUGUAUGGCAGUGAAGCUACGAUUCGCGCUUGUUAUAGCAGUUCAAUAAUUUGGUGAAGUCGCUGUAACAACGGUAGUGUGUCGUAGUGAUCGCAGGUGAAAUGGUGUCCGUUACGUGAUCUUCAUACUCCGGUCUUCCAGUAAAUGGACUCAAUCUUCCAAUGGAACUAAGAUAGUAACGAUGAACUCGACAACGGGCCUCGUUAUUAAUAUGUUCGAGAAAGGGAGCAAUACGCAUUGGGUCACAUCGAAUCCUUUAUAUCAGUGACGGUGGUCAGUGCAAAUAACAACGUCGAACGGAGUCGAAAUUGAAAACGAUAAAGCGAUAACGACCCAUAAGUGAUAUAUAGAGAGACAAAGUAAAGGAUACAUCUAAAGGCUCAGUGGAGUUAUCAGAUGAUGUUCGACAUUCCGACGAUAUCGGACUCGUUCAAUACCUGGCAUAGAAUUCGUGCCCCCACUAUUAGUCGCGGCCUACUGGACGAGUGGCCAAAUAGACAUAACGUAGGCAGGCCAUGUUGGGUGUUGAUGAAAGUGUUCUUCAGUUUAAUGUUGUUGAUAACAUGGAGUUCUGCUAUUAGCUGUAUAGCGGCGAUUGUGCAUGGCCCGAACGUUGCUCAUGAAUGCGACUUUCUUCCGUUGUGUACAUGUACACAUUCGAUGGUUACGUGCGUCGGCGUACCUAUUUUCACCCUUAAAGAUGUAUUUCUACGGCGCGAAUUUCUCGCGCGACGUCGCAGCUUCAAUCAGGCCGUUAUCAGUCGUUCAAGCCUACUACGCUUGGAAUGGGCACCAUCGCAGCUCGUGACGCUAAGUCUCCCAAAAAACUCAAUCUUCGAAAUCCAGUCGGACGCCCUGGUCGCCUGUGCCGAUACUCUGUCAAGUCUUGACCUUAGCGACAAUUUCCUCGGUGAUAUCCCGGAUCUUUCGGCGAUGCGAGGCCUUCGUUGGUUGAACCUUCAGCACAAUCAACUGGCUGAGCUGCCGGCCGGAAUUGCGCUUACCAAUCUUAGUACGCUUUUGCUGGCGGGCAAUCAGAUUCGGUCAGUGAGUCCUGAUUUGUUGCCUGAAUCACUGGCCACUCUCGACCUCGAAUCGAAUCAGAUUCUUUCCCUCGAGGGUCACCCAUUUCCAAGCGCGAUUAAACAGAUCAAUCUUGGCACUAACCUUUUCCGUUAUCUUCCGCAUAGCUUUCAUCGAAUGCAUGCGUUGGAGCGGCUCUCAUUAAACAACAACGCUUUCCAUGACAUCCCAGCCCGAUGGAAGCUGCCUCCAUCCCUGCAGGUGCUCGAUAUUUCGCGCAGUUCGUUGCGUCAGCUACGGGGCGUCUGUCUUGUUCUCGAGAAUGGCAGCUGCCAUCACCUGCAGAUACUGCACCUUGAAUUUAACUUGAUCUCAUCGUUGGCUGAGAACUUGUUUGAGGGGAUGCGCCUAAGGAAGCUCUUUCUCAAUUCGAACCGUCUUAUUCAACUCCCACUAGGACUCUUCAAAGGCGUAAUAUCAUCGACGCUGACAGUUCUCGACGUGAGCGACAACCAAUUCGAGUCACUACCCUCUUGUAUUUCGUCGCUUUCGGCGCUCAGCGUUUUGAUUGCCCGCGGGAACCAGCUAGUGUCGUUCGAUUUGCCAGCUGGGCCUACAAUGCCGAAAUUCUUUCGAACUCUACAGGUACUGGACUUAUCCUACAACCAAUUUACGGAAGUGUCGUCAGCGCUGAUGAACACCACAGGUCUCGUAAAGCUUAGUCUUCAAGGCAACCUAAUUGAGAAGCUGGGCCCGUUUGGUCAAGGCCAGUGGGCUGCGGGACUUCGCAGUGUUAGCUUGUCGCACAAUGCAAUUAAGAUAUUGGCGCGUGCGGCAAUGGCUAAACUGUUUGAGCUUAAGGAGUUAAAGUUAUCAUUCAACCCAAUUCAUUAUUUCGAUAAUGCCGCGUUUACGCCACUCAAAAAUCUACAGACUCUCGAAAUGUCCUCGAGUCUCGUGAGCGACGCCGCUGUUAAAAACGUUCACAACCUUUUUAAGCCAUUAGAACAGCUGCGAUCAUUACAAAUCGACUACAAUAGGCUGCAUCAAGAUCCGUUUGGGUUAGGUCCAUCGUUAGUGAACAUAGAUCUUGAAGGAAAUGAUCUCAACACGGUGCCCGCUAUUCCUCCUUCAUCUCGGAUCACUCGGCUAUCGCUUAGUUAUAACGGGAUUUACUAUUUAAAGACAGGCGCUUUACGAAACAUCUCGACACUUGAACAAAUCAUCCUGUUAGGAAAUCCCCUUCGAGAGGUCGAAUUCUGCGCCAUGAGCGAUCUUCCCUUGCUCGUUAGUGUCACUCUUUCGUCAAACCGCCUUCGCAGUGUGCGCCGUGGCGCUUUUCAAGCGCUUCCAGCACUGCAGAGGCUUCAGCUUGAUAAUAACCUUCUCGGACAACUCGAUCUUGGUAUGCUCGAUCGCGCCGGGCGUCGUCUGCUUCUAAACGCGUCUAACAAUGCUAUUGUCGAUAUUACAGCCGCCAGCGACGCGGUAGACGUCCGCGUACUUGACAUCUCCAAUAACAAGCUCGAAGUGUUGCCUGAAACGUUGUGGGAUUCGGCUAAUGAGCUGGUACAGCUGUCUGUAGCAAAGAACAGCAUUCGACAGAUAGCCAUUGGCCGAACAGCACUCGAGCGCUUGCUAACGGCCGACCUAUCCCAUAACAGACUGACUGCUCAGGCAGUGUAUAACCUAAGUCAGAUUGCGCCGUCGCUGCAAGUCCUCAGUCUACGAGGCAAUCGUCUCGAAACGUUGGCGUCUCCUGAACGCACGGCGCUCGAUUACGUUAGCAAAUGGCCUUUGCGAGUACUUGACAUAUCGUCGAACGAUAUUCGCCACCUUGGGCAGCGGAUUUUCGAGCCUUGUUUACCGUUAACACUGCAGGUACUCAACAUUUCAUACAAUCCAUUGGAAAGUUUAAAUCUCUUAAAACUAGCAAACUUGGUGAAUCUCGACAUAUCGUACACCCAUCUCAACUUGGCAAGUAACGGCCGUCAUUCUAGGUUAUCAUUAACAUCCACUGCGUGGAAUUCCACUAGUCAACCAGCUGGUUUAUACCAGCCAGGGUCUACAUCUUUGUCGAAUAUCCUAACUCACAUUGAGAGUCUACAAGUUCUAAAUAUUUCGGGUACUAGGACAAAGGAGUUAUCGAGCACUCUGCUUCCUGCAGGAUUGCUGGUUCUAGAAGCAUCUAAUUGUGCUCUACAGUCACUCCACCUGUCGGCGGAAUCGCUCGUUGAAUUAAAAAUAAGCAACAACACUUCUGUCGCUCUGGCACGCUCCUCGGUAUUGACUCCGCGACUCCGUCUGCUUGAUGUCGCGCACAGCGGCAUCCGCAAUUUAACUAACCUGCUGAAAGUCUUUUCGACCGAGCGUCUACGUCGGCUACGGGCCGAACAUAAUCUAAUUGAUAAGAUCUCAUCGUCGUUGUGGCGUCAAACGCCCCUGCUCACGACUCUCGAAAUAAAUUCAAAUCCAGUUGAGGCACUGAGCCUUCAUAGCUUCUGCGGUUUGUCUCAUCUCGCCGAGCUUGAUAUUCGAAAUCUCAGCCUGACACAGCUCGACUCAAGGACACUUCACCAUCUUCCAUCGCUAUCGACGCUAUAUAUUUCAACGUACAACCGCGGCAUUCGUUCAUUGCGACUUCAAGAACUAUUGUCAGAUUCAGGACAUCUGCGGCGGGCAGUGAUAGAAGUGGGCGAGCCCGUUCUUUCCUAUCAACUGCAGUGGGCAUUUACGGGGAAGUCUAAACUUCGAGAACUCCACGUUACUGGCUUACCCCUUCGUUUCAUUCUUCCUGACGCGUUUCAAGGCCUCGAGAGCGCCCACGAACUCUUGCUGCGUAUAACGCACACGUCGAUAACCGAUCUUCCCGCCGGACUUCUAAGGUACCUGGGAAACGUCCGUUUUCUGGCCCUUGAUCUUCGCUCAAACCAGUUACAAACCAUCUGACCUUCCGCUCUCGAAUCCCGUCGUCGACUGUCAGCCAGAGGUUCCCAACUAUUGGCAGGCGGCCUGCGACUGGAAGACAACCCUUGGCGAUGUUCCUGUGAGCUGGCAUGGCUAGCGCGUCGACUUCGAUGGUGGCUUCGUGAGAAAGCAGGUCAACGUUUCGAACCUUCAA